AUGCCGGGAGCCGACCUCGGGGAGGCUCCCACUACUGGGGUGAAGGCUGUUACCGAGACUCCGGCGACCCCUGCAGACGCGGGCGCGGCCGGAGUACCGGCGGGUGCCCCGGGAGCGGCUGCCGCCCCGGUGCUGGUGGCUGCUGCUGAGGCGGAGGCCGCCGCUGAGGCACCCGCAGCCCCUGUGGCGGCGGAUGCCGCCGAGGUGCCGAUGAGCGCCCCUGAAGCGGCCGCCGCCGCAAAGUUGGGGGCCGCUACCAGGGCGGACGUCGCCGUCGAGGAGAUGGCUGCGGCUGCUGCAAACGCCUUUGAUCUCCUCACGAUCAGAGGUUAUCUUGCAAAUCUGGUCGUCACUUCUGUUUCAUCCUUGGAAGACAAAAUUCGUAAAGCUCAGCUCCUUGAUGAAGUUCUCAAGAAGGUUUCCGAUCAGAUAAAAGCUAAAGAUCCCAAAGCUAAGAGAUUCUCACUUGAUGACAAAGGAACCGUGUUCUUUCAUGAUCGCAUGGUUGUUCCUAAUAAUCAAGACAUAAGAGAUUCUAUUCUCAAAGAACCCCAUGACACACCUCUUGCUAUCUAUCCUGGUUCUAACAAGAUGUAUCAAGACAUCCGAAAGAGCUAUUGGUAG